CUUAAUACCUGUAAGUGUAUUAUGGACUUCUUACGGUUACAUAAAGUUAAACGUAGCAAACUAGAGAAAAGUUUACAAAUUGCCCUUUCAAAUUCUGCGAGCAAUUCCGACGUUAACAACCUUGACAGAUUGGGGCAGUACGUUAAGAUUAAAGAACUGGAACCUAUACUUUCUUUGCGUUUACCUAAAGGGCCUAAAGAGCAUUCUCAUCUUAUAAAAUUAAAAAAAUGUUAUUUGCUUCCCUCUGAAAAUUUACAGCUGUUACUUGAAAACUGUUUUUUAAUCGUUAAAGAUUUCUUUUGCAGUUCUGGCACUGUCGCAAGCGUAACUCCAGAACUAUCAUUUUACAUGUUUAAAGAUGAAGUAGUUCGCCAACUCACUGACUCAGAACUUGACUCAGUUUUACUAUACCCAAAGAAUUUGUUACUUGAUAGCGAUGCUUUUCUUUUAAAUGAUGCAACUCCUUUUAAAGAUCAUUUUGAGCCCUCUGUAGCACUAGCAAUUUAUUGGAAAAGGCAACAACAGCUUUACCCAAAAUUACGAAAAACUUUGCAUACUUUAAAUCCCUUGACUGUCCUUUCUGCAAUUAUAAAUUAUGUACCAGGAACUCGAAAUUUUCUCGAAAACGAAACUUACCGGCUUGAAAACGAUAUUUCAAUCAUAUUGCUCUCUAACAAAGCCUUGAUCACUCCCACCCAGUUGGCGCAUGGCUAUUACUUGGCAAGCUUUUAUCACUUCGUUUUAGGUAGAUUUCAGAAUGCCUUGUACUUCAUCAAUUGCGCAGUGAAGGGAAACUGUCUUAAGGAACAAAAGCAGAGCUAUGAUCUUUUGUACCAGCGCAUCCUGAAGAGUAUUUGG